AUGGCAUCAAAUCGCCGCCCACGACCAAAAAUCACUUGGUGGAUGCGCGUCAAACGAUAUAUCCUCGCAUUCCAGUCACCACUCCGUCUCCGCAGCAGUCUCACCCGACUUCGUCAUCACCACAAAUACCCAUUCCUUGCUCUAGUGCGCCUCUUCUUACCACUGCCGAGAUGGCAUUUUCGUCCAGACCCAGUCCCCUUUAAGGUCAUGCUAGAUAAUGUUCCCCUUUGGGAGUGCAGGGCAGAUUUGGCAGAUCUCAGAAACAUGCGCGCCAUCCCUCUGUGGCGUGCUAGAGACACGCCCAUCCGGUCUCUGUAUCGGAUUUACGAGGCAAUCGCGGCGCGUUAUCAUGUCGCCAUAGGCUCCGAGGUAGAGUACUUUUGGUACCAGAACCGACGGUCAUGGGAAGUGCAGCGUAUACCGGACCCUUGCGAUCCCGAUCCCGUGCGAUAUGCUAUUCUUGCAUGUAUUGCGGAAGAGCUUGCCAAUGCGUUUAAUUGGCGGCUGAGCAUAGGACUGCGGCGUGAUAGAAGCAAGCAUAUUAUACGCGAGACAAGGGAUGAUGAAUUACCAGAGUUUACGCCAGUGACCGCGCCUGCCUGGGUCAAAAGGGUGCCGGCACUUGAUUUUGACUUGAUCAGUGAUUUGCCAAGCGGUGUAUUAAACUCGUCAGGCAAACUCGUACUUGAAAAAGGAGGAAAUAGUGGUUUUUUUGCAGAGAGGAAUAUUAUCAUAGAUACUGGCUACUUCUACACAGUCUAG